CGUGCGAGCGACAACAUUCCAGACGCUUCUGGGGCGGCUUUAAGUAUUAAGCGUUGGACUCCGAAGUGACGCUGGGUCUCCGCCAUAACUCGCAGCUCGGUUUCUAGGGUUUUCAUUUUUCACUUUCCUCUUCGAGACACAACCCCGCGUUAGCAAGAAAGAUGAGUCGGCAUCCUGAGGUGAAGUGGGCAGAGAGAUUGGACAAGGCUUACAUCACUGUUCAAUUGCCAGAUGCACAGAAUGCAAAGGUCAACCUUGAGCCAGAUGGAGUUUUUACAUUCUCUGGUAGUGCCGGAGCAGAGAACAACCUUUAUGAAGUGAAGCUAGACCUUUUUGACAAAGUUAAUGUUGAGGACAGCAAAGUAAAUAUAGGUGUGAGGAGCAUAUUUUGUGUUGUUGAGAAAGCGGAGAAGAAAUGGUGGAAGAAACUUUUGCGUGGAGAUGGCAAGACGCCACACUACGUGAAAGUAGACUGGGACAAAUGGGUCGAUGAAGAUGACGAUACUGGUCCGGGUGACCUUGAUUUGGGAGGGAUGGAUUUCUCUAAAUUUGGUGAUAUGGGAGGAAUGGGAGGAAUGGGAGGAAUGGGAGAUGACUUUGAUGAGAGUGAUGACGAUGAAGAAAUGCCAAAGCCAGAAGAGGAAGAUGCUGGGAAGACGGGAGAAGCAGCAAAAUUAGAAGAAGAUGACAAGGGGGAAGGAACCGCAGAGGGGAAGGUUGAGGCUGCACCAAGCACUUGAACAGUUUCUUAGUUGAGGGUGUUGAGGGAUUUGUACCUUUUAUUUAGCCUGUGUUGUGGGGCUAAAUUUCUUCUCCAUUCAACUUGAUGAAAGUUUUAGUUUCUUUCUAACAGAAUGAGUGUCAAUUUGGCCCGGACUUGCAUGGUAACAAGUACUUGCGUGUGUUAGGUGCUGCAGCAUCUAAUUUUUCUUAUCUUGACUGGGAUUUGGUGGAUGUAUUUUAUUUCAAGGGUUUGGUAGGUGAUAAUGCAAUGUGAGCAUAAUCUAGCUUUAUAUCA